AUGUAUAUUCGCCACUUCAUAUGGACUACCAACUGUGUAUUGGACCUCUUUGACGAAAUCAGCCUUUUGCGGAUGCUGCCAGCAUGGAUCCAAAUGAGUGGAGACGACGAUUUGGAAUCAACCGCCUUGAUCUACCUGGUGCUUGCAAUAGGCAUAGAUGCUGCUACUGAAGGCGACGAGAACGUUGCCCACGACUACUACCAGUAUGGUAGACACUUGACGGCGAAUCGACUUCUCGCUAUGGGCCCAUCUAUCUAUACUACUCAGUGUGAUGUCCUGAUAACUUGGUACCUGCUUGGGAACUCGCAGAGUAAUGCUGCGUACAUGCAUAUCGGUACAGCGAUACGGGCUGCUUACACUCUCGACCUCCACAAAAAGCCUGUAGCCGGAAGUUGGAAGUCGGACGAGAGUCAUGCCCGCGAACGACUAUGGAAGAGUAUUCGUGUCCUUGACGGAUUUCUCAGCCAAGCGCUUGGGAGGCCAACAAUGAAUCAGGCUGAUGGAAACGAUGAUCGGCUUCAUGGCCAUUACUCUGCAGUCAGCGACCUGUGUACAAUUUUUGAAACUGUACGAGAUCUCGUGUACGCCAAACGGGUAGUUUCGUUCGAGGUCGUACAGCAGAUUGGGACCAAACAUCGCCGAUGGUCGAACCUAUUCCGGAAUGGGCUGGAAGCUGAUUGCAUCAGUUCAGCCGAUACUGUCACAAUCAAUGGCAGGCCUCAUCCCAACCUAGGCUUGUACUAUCUCAAAGAGGCGUACUUCUGGACCGUGUCCCAACUCACGCUACCAUUCCUGAUCGACCUUGUCUCCGAGCGAAUCCUCGAGCAGCAAUAUGUCAACUCACGACACCCGAAAUUCGAGCAUGAAGGCGAUCGACGCCACCUAGCGGUGCAUGCAUGCAUUGAUGCCGCCGUGAACACUUUGGACAUGAUUCAACAGUUAAUGUCUCAUCAAGGGGCGCUACCGAGACGGAUGCCUAUAGUUGUCAACUCGGUCUUCUUUUCUGCACUGACUAUUGGCUUUGCGGUCUUCGGGGAUCUAGACUACGAGUGGCCGUUGAUGAGAUAUCUCGGCUUAGCAAGAACGAUCUUACUGCAGCUUGCCAUUCAUGACUCUGUGGCCCAGGAACAGGUAGAGGUUGUCACAGCUUUGCAAAAAGCUUGCGAUAACUUCUUGUGCCGAAGAUCUCAUCGUGGGUUGGAGUCGUGCACUUCAAAGUCCAGCAACAUCUUCGGUAACAUACGGGAGCGCUGGCAAAUGGCCGACUGCUCACCUAUGACAAACUCGACCAUCCGAGACCACACUGGCCCCAUGCUUUCCUCGGACUAUGUGAGCCACGACCCCACAAAAGUCCUUUGCCAUCCUUCGAAAGUUGGACUUCUGGACUCGGGCGGAGGAAUCGUCAAUCUUUGGGGACUCUCGCACACUGGCGACGCUGAAGAAGAAGUAGUGUUUCCACCUUUUGGCGGUCAGGAUUGGACUAAUAUGGAGAGCUUGGAUAUAAUUAGUUAA